AUGAAUGAGUUGCUUCAAAAACACGGAUGUUCAAACGUGUUCUCAAUCCCUGAGGGUCUUCGAGAACUUAUGGCAGACAUAUCUAGAGAGGUGUUAAGAGAACAACCGAGAAAAAUAUUUGACUUCAUAGCGAACUAUCUAUCCGUACUUCUUGUCACGAGGGAGCAUGGAAUCUUGGCUGUCAAGAUCCUGGAAGAUCUAUGUGACUGCAAGCCAUCGGUGUCCGAACAUCUGAUCCAGCUGGGCAUGGUCAAGACUGAAGCUGAAAUGCUCGCCCAAGUCAUCAAGGAGGAGAUUGAGAGCGUCAUUGCUGUAGAAGGGAGAGAGAAGAUAAGAGAAGAAGAGAUCCUGAAGAAGGUGCUGAAGAGAAGCGCAUUAGAUGAAGAACUGACGGCUCAGGUGUGCGAGGUCACCAGGAACGCAUACCGCGAUUACUGGUACCGCAAGAAAUUGCUGGAGCAGAAUCUGAAGGUACAACCUGAUCAGCCGUGGGAGAUUGCCGCCCAACACACCUUGGAGAUUUACAAGAGAACCAAACCCUCAUACAGUGAACUGACAAGAGCUACCCAAAGAAUCCAGGCAGCCUACAAAGGCUACUAUGUCCGCAAGAAGAUGCUGAAGCACUUGCAACCGAAGAAGAAGCAUGCUCCAAAGUCGGAGGUCCCUGGUCCUCCAACAGAUAUCGCCGAAGCUAGAGAAAUGGAUCUUGGACGAGUUGUUGACGUGAAAGUGAAACAAGAUGACGUAGACAAGAUGUUUGCAGAUGAAGAAAAGAAGGCACUGAACUUAGGUUACGACCCUAACAAAGUGAUAAUGUAUCAUGAAGAAGGGGAAGGCGAUCCGCUGGAAAUGGCAACCGUCGAGAGGAAAACGAGCAGGAUGAUGUCUUCAAAGAGCAUGAGCGCACAUCUCUUUAGUUCUCAUGACGUCAAAGAUAAAGAUUCUCAACAUGCUGCAUCACCGUCCCCACAACCGACCGAAGAGCUUCCGCCAUCAAAAGAUGAGCAAACCACCCGGAUUUCGUUCGGAGUUCCUCAAUACAAGGAGAUAAAUGAUGAGUUAAAGGCUGUAGCUUCGAUAGCGCAGGCAGGUGCUGAGACGCCUAAGGAGGAGGCAGUCGCUGAGGUAGCAGAAGCUAUUGAGGUGCCCCCCGAGGUGCCUGCGGUUCCCGAGGUCGCUGAGGUAGCUGCUGAAGUACCUGAAGAUAUUACAGUGGACGAUGACAGUGCACCAGCAGCAUCCGUGCCGUCUUCGGCACCAGACACAGCUCGCUCCACUGAUGUUGAGGACACUACCGCUCCUGACACAGCAGACACUGGUGGGGAAACUGGCACUGGUGGAGCAUCUACUGAAGAAGAGGGAGAAUGA